CACUGAUUGAUGGAUUGCACUGAUGGAGGAUAAAUUGUAUGAAGUUUUAAAAAGAGUGUUUAAACACAAAAACUUUAAGUCUGACUUGCAGAAAAAGGCUGUGAAAUGUGUGUUUGAAGGAAAACAUGAUGUUUUUGUUUCCAUGCCAACAGGGGCUGGAAAGUCCCUGUGCUAUCAGCUUCCAGCUGUUGCGUCGGCGGGGGUCACUCUGGUGGUCUCUCCACUCAUUGCUCUCAUGCAAGAUCAGCUGGAUCAUCUGGACCUCCUCAACAUCCGUGCAGAAACUAUCAACAGUAAGAUGACAGCCAAACAGAGAGCUAAAGUUGUGGCAGAUUUAAACAAAAGCAAACCAAACACCAGACUUCUGUACAUAACUCCCGAACAAGCCGCAUCAGAGGGGUGUAAAACAAUAGUAGAGGGACUCGUCAAAAGAAAAAUUCUGAAGUAUUUCAUCAUAGACGAAGCUCAUUGUGUGUCACAGUGGGGACAUGACUUCAGACCUGACUAUCUAAAGCUUGGUUCUUUCAGAAAAAUAAUGCCUAACGUACCAUGUGUGGCAUUAACUGCUACUGCCACAGCGCGGACAGUAGAAGACAUUAUCCAGCAGUUAAAACUCAAAGAACCUGUAGCUAAGUUCAAAAGUAGCUGUUUUAGGUCAAACAUCUAUUAUGAUGUUGUAAUGAAAGAUGUUGUCCAUGACCCUUAUGAAGAUUUGAUGAAAUUUGCACUGACAGCACUGAAAAGAGAAUCCUUCAGCAAGGAAGAGAAUUCUUUCAUAGAAAAUUGGACAGAAUUUGGUUGUGGUAUUGUCUACUGUCGAACAAGAGAUGCCUGUGCAGAAGUGGCAUCUCACCUGACCAGAAAGGGUGUAUUAACCAAGCCAUACCAUGCCGGCCUGAAAGCUGAUGUCAGAGAAACGGUACAAACAGACUGGAUGGAGGGCAAGUUUCCUGUGAUGGCCGCUACCAUCAGCUUUGGAAUGGGGAUAGACAAACCUAAUGUUAGAUUUGUUGCUCACUGGACAAUACCCAAGUCAAUGUCGGGCUACUAUCAGGAAUCAGGACGAGCGGGGAGGGACGGGGCCCAGUCUUACUGCAGGAUGUAUUACUCCAGACGAGAGAGGGAUACAGUGGCAUUCCUUAUCAAUCAGGAAAACUCUAGAUAUACAAAAAAUGCAGAAGCUCAAAAAAUAAGGAAGAAGGCUGCCGAGAGUGGUUUUGAUGCUGUGGUUAAAUAUUGUGAGAGCUUAAGUUGCAGGCAUUGGUCCAUAUCCAAGUACUUUGGAGAUGAGAAGCCAGACUGUAAUAAUUCCUGUGAUCACUGUACAGAACCAAAGAAGGUAGAGAAAGCCAUGGAGGACCUACAGAGGUGUGCUUAUGGCAGUAUGAAGAAGGGGGUCCCUGGAGGGGCAAUUUACACUGUGUCAGAGGAUGAUGAGGAAAUGUACGAGGGAGGAAGGAGAGGCGCCAAGAGGGAUUAUGAUGAGUAUGGAGAUGAGGAAUAUUCUGAGUAUCACCAGGACCAAAUGGAACGUGAAACAGAACAGAGACAGAGGAGUGCACUCAUAGCAAAGGAAUUCCAAAAACGAAAAAGGAGCGGUGGUGAUGAGGUGAAACAGACAGAAGAAUUUGUUCCCCCCGCUGAGGACUGCCCCCUGAGAGACCCGGCAAGUCAGCGCAUUCCUAAACUCACUGUCAAGAUAAGAGAACACUGCCUGGGAAUGAUAGAAGAGGCCUUGAAGAAUAACUACAUUGGAUACUAUGUAGAUAUACCAACAAAACUGGCUGCAUCUGACUACAUUCCUAAGACCUGUGCCAUUGACAUUGAAUAUGAUGUGCUGAAGGCUAACAAGUUGGCCAAUGUGUAUAAAGCCUCAAUUAUGAAGACCAUUAAUGACAUUAAGAAGUGCACAGGUUCAAAAGAACUUCACAGUUGUCUGGUUCCUAGAAAUGAGAACCAGAAUAACUGUGAUGACCUAGUUAGUGAGACACCAGACAAGACGGCAAUGCAAGGCUCCCCAACACCAGAAUCCUGUAUCUUCUAUGACCCAGUGGAAAAGGACUAUCCAGAAUUAGGCUCAACAUUUGUCAAAGCAAGUUCUCUAAUGAAGAGCAGUUCACCAUCAUCUUCAUUGCCAAAUCUUUCAAAUCCGUACUCUGCUACUAAUUAUACAACAAAUGGAAUUUCUUGUAAAUCUGAAAAUGGCAAGACUUCUAGUCCUGUACCAGAUGGAAAAGAGCCUAACGACUCUACAAAAUUUAGUACUCAGUUUCUUAAAGCAAGUGAAUUAGUUAACAAUAGUAAUGUUUUCAAUAACAAUAAAAGCAAGUCAUCAUCUUCCAUUCCCAAGGCAUUUAACAAGCCACCUGUCCCCAAAAUAACUUAUUUCUUUGAACGGGCCAAGAAAUCAGAAGAAAAGGAUAUUAUAAAUAAUGCUCACCAGGAAACAUCAGAAAAUGUUGUUAAACCAAGUGUCACUUCUGGUGCUAAAGCUAGUGAGAAGAAGUUCUCCCAGAAAGACUUAAAAAGACAUGCCAGUCCAGGAGAAGAGGCAACUCAAGAAGUCAAAAGAAAAAAGCUUGACAAACCUCUUUCGUCAAGCAGCCAUGUCAAACAGACAGCUGAUCUGGUGGUGCGAUACUUAUCUCCAUAUUACAAGGACGGGCACAUUGUCUCUAAGGACAUCUUCAAAACUAUGGCCAGGAUGCUGUCUCACAAGGUGCAGUCUGUAUCUGGUACUGAAGAUCAGGCAAAACAAGAAUGUAAACGCUUGAUAAAAGAAAUUUUUGCCAAACAUCCCAGAAUAACAUCUACAGAGGAAUUUGAUGGCUGGAAAUGAACUUAAGACAUUGUGUGUUCAAACUGAGUGAAUCUACUUAAGCAAGCAGACUGUUCUGAUUUACAUAAGAAUUCUUCUUCUGGUUUUAGUCUUGGCCAUCUUGCAGACAUAUUUUUUGCAUUAUUUCUGUAUUGCACUCCAAAAUAUGGAUUGAUUAUUUAUUUGAAAUCAUGUCUUAGAACUAUUUUAUAUCUGUUUGGUAUCAUUCUUAUUUGGCUCUAGGUCUUAUUUAAAAAAAAAAACGUAAGUAGCAGGGAGCUAAUGUAGUGAAUAUGUCCGAAAAAUAUCUUCAAGUUAUUAUUAAGAUUUUUUGGUCUCUUUCUGAUGGAUAAUUUUUCGGAUGUUUUGUGGUUAUUAGAUCAACUAAUAAAAUUUGUUCAAAUAAAUGAUCAUGUCCCUUUCAAUAGGACAACUAGACAAGGUGAGGACAAGGUUUCUUGUGUGGAUUGGACAGUACAAUUUAUUAUGUUUAAAUGACUUUAAUGUAAGCUCUGAUGCAAAUGUACUUGAAUCUGUCUAUUAUUUGCAUAUGUGUGUAUGUAAGCAUAUUCAGUUUAUUCACAGAAAUUAAGUGAAGGUCAUUUUAUCUUCCUCUGAUUUUUUAUUGUAUUCAAGACAUUUUCUCCUUUGUGUUCCAGUAUUCUGUCAUUUUAUAUUCAGGGUUAGUGUAGUCAUUGGCUGCUUUGAGUUUGUCCUUUGGAUGAUAAAGGUCCUGCCAAAACUUUUUUUUUAAUUUUACAUGUUUUUAUUAAUUUCUCUUGUUAGAAUAACUGCAUGCAGUCAAUUUUCUAAUUGAACAUUUAUGUGCCAGAUAAAAACCCAAUGUUUAACAUGAGGACUGUGAUAUCACCUGUAUAUGACCACUGAUAUGCUUUUUUGUGGUAGAAAAUGUAAAUAAUUUUAAGUUGUUUUAUUAUUUAAUUUUAUAAAUGUUGAAAUGUUCUGUUUUGUGAUUGUAAUUUACACAAGAAGGAUCAGACAGCCCUAUAUAAUAAAGGAGAUGGAACAUUGA